AGCAAAAGCUGAAAAAUAACGGAAAUGCAUAUCUCAGUGUCGCCCUUUCUGCGCCCGAUUUUCAUACAGCCCUGAUCCAUUCCCCCCACUUCGUUUGAGCCGGCCAAGCUCAGCGAGCAUCGCGUUCGCCAUUUCCGAACGAGUUGUGGAUCGAGAAUUUAAGGAAAAUAAUCGCGUUUUUGGGCUUGUUCAAGUGCGUUCGAGGCUGAUAAGUGAGGAACGAUUCCUUGUUAUUGAUCACGUCCAUUUUGCUGACUAAAAAUCCGCUUCCGAAGGUAAAAUAGAGAUACAGAUGGCAGGUAUUUUUCCUACCGAUCGUGAGGCGGAAGCUAGCGAGGUCCUCUACACGUUGUUGUCCGUCGAACGCAUCAAAGACGCUGGUACAAGUAUCGAGGAAACUUCAAAGACGGAAGAUAAUGCAUCUUCUAGUACAGUCCAAAAGAAACAACAUCGAAUUGUUAAGAAAUCUUCCAACGCUUUGAAAAAAAGUAAUAGCAAAUCUCAAAAGCAUCUUGGUAAAACGUCCGAGGAGCCACCUUUCGCAUCUGAGAACGAAGAUGCAGACGAGAUAACGAAUUCAAAUGCCGACGAAUCACUUGUUGUCAACGGUUCAGAACAAGAGCGUGAGUUGACAUGCGAGGAAACAGAACAGCAUAGAAAAACAAUCCCAAAGAAGAAGUGCGGGACUAAGAGAAAACAAAAGCGAGUUAAAUCAGAAGGGGAGGCAAGCUUCGAGCCGACGCGCCUCGAGGACAACGCGGUUCAAGUAUUGGAACGGUUUAAACGCGGCUGCGAGUGCCAAGACGAUCAGUGCUUCAGGGGAUUGAAUCCAGAGUCGGUUUACCGUCACAGAUUGAACAUCGCGGAACUGACCAAAGCUGAGCACGACAUGUACUUGAUGGGAGUGACGAUGGCCUGCCUGACGAACCCGUCACUGACGGCGAGACACACGGAAAGACGAAGACUCAGGGCGCAGUACGUUUAUCAGGGUCGUCGAGUAUGUCUAGACGCCUUUUUGUACCUGGAAAACUGCACCCAUUACCAGAUAAAGAGGAUCAGGAAGCACCUUGUCACACACGGAGUAACGCCACGAGUUCACGGGAACCACGGAAAAGUCCCCCACAACACCUUUUCGCUCGAUAUAUACAAAAUAGCGACGGAGUUCCUGAAGAGCUUCAUAAGCAAACAGGAGGCGAAACAGAAGACUAGUACGAAGCAAGGAUCGCUUCAUCUUGCCUCCGACAUGACGCGCAAGACGGUCCACGACUUGUAUAGCAAGUACUGCAGAAAGUUGUCGCCCAGUAUAAAAAUUAUGGGAUAUUCAACGUUCAGGAGAUUCAUGAAGGUUCAGUUUCCGCAAGUGAAAUUUGCCAAGGUUGAAUUCGUAGUCAAGGGACAAGUCGGUCAGAAUCAAAAUUCCGCCAAAGGUGGCGCGGAGGAAAGAGACAAUAAGGAUAAGUCUGCAGGAAAAAAAGAUUUAGUUCCGUUGGUCAUUGCUAAUUCGACAGUUGAACAAAAUGGCGCGUAUCUUUUAACUCCUGUCAAUAAACUGCAAGAAGGAGUCAGCUAUCAGCUCACUUCGGACGGAUUUUUGGUCAAGAGUUCAACCGCGCAAUUUACUGUAGUCAAUAAUCGUUGCCCCGAGUGAUGGUCUUGGAAAAUUGAUUUGUGGAAUUCAGGGUGUUUACUUUACAGAAAAUCAUUGGAAACACAGAAUUCUCAUCAAAUUGUUGGAUCAAUAAGUGAACUUUUUUUCUAUUCAACACUUGACAUAACUAAUUUGAUACAGCAAAAAAUUGCGUUUGCCCCGUAGUUUUUUUUUUAUCCCUAGUACAAACGGCGUGUCGUCGAGCUACAUACAUAUUUUCUAAUAUUUAAAACCAAUUUUCAAUGGUCAUUUAAGGUUCUUAAUUCUAGAACGUCGAGAAUACUUUUUUUCUGAAUCUUAAUAUGAAAAAUUGUCAUUACUUUGAAUAAUUCUAAAAAAAAAAAAGACGUUCAGAACAGUGUAACUUUUUUGAAAAUUUUUAAAUAUAAAGUUUUGUCUUCUUCGAUGCACCUGGAAAAACUUCUAAAAAUAUGGAAUUUACGGAAAGGAAUUAUGUUUUCACGUUUUAGUAUACACUCGCAAACAGCUUGUUCCUAGACUUUGAUAACAUUUUUUCAAAUUAUAAUUAAUCUUGGAUUUUCUACAAUACAAUUGAUGAACGCAGAUUAUUGUGAGUUUGUUGCGUGUCCCAUUAUGCAGUAAAUUUUCGCAGCGAUAGAAUUGCAACAUACAACCUUGUAUCGAAAGAUUUCAUUCAUUAUAUUGGUAGAACAAUAUUGUAACAUGCAAAAAAACAUUCGGAUGUAUAACAUAUUUUUAAUUUUUACCAAAAGUCAGUUGUUGAAGGAAAAUGAAUAUUCAAUCACGGAAUCCUGAGGUAAAGUAAAGAAAAAAACAAAUCCUGCACUUCACAAAUAUCUAAAGUGCGAGAAUUUGAAGAUUUGAGAACUUUCCAAAAAAUUAAAAAAAAAAAAAAUAUCUGCCUGACACAUUCGUCUAACAAACGAAAGAAAAAAAAAAAAAAUUCUAGCUCAAAGCAAUCCUGUGAUAUCAAAAGAUAUUUAAAAAAAAAUUUUUUAUCAACGAUAUAGUGUUCCCUCCGAAUAGGGUUUCUGCAAUCUCGCAAUCAAAUUGCUACAAAAUCUCAAAAUUAUU